UUGCUACUGCUGCCGCACAUUGACCGCCACCCUCAAGUCCAGCCCAGGCAGGCGCUGGGUGGUGGCAGGUCGGGAGUCUGGAUUACUCUGGAUGGUUGGUGCCUUGGUUUAACGAGUCAAGGAGGAGACACAGGCCCACCUUUUCUUCUCCUUUUGAUACUUUCUCAGCCGUAGUUGGCCACUCUUUUCCGAGGAAGACCGGCAAUCAUCUCGCAAAUGAAACAACCAAACACAGACGGAGCCUGAGGGGUCAUUAAUAUUUACGAAUCUCAUUAAAGACUUCGACCAAGACCAACUAGUGAUUUGCCGAAUGUUUCACCAAGACUAAACCUUGACUCGCGUCGACCAACUGCUCCCACCACUUGGCACUUGGUACUCCACCAUCGGUGCCCUAUAUAUACACGGGUUUCCUAGCUCCAAAUCUCCAACAACCAGGCAACAAAAACCAUCGAUCAACUAACUGGUCACUUGAUCAGCAUGGCUACUGUCACCGGAUCCGCGAGCUUGCUUCUGUGCUUGAUGACGAUCUCCUUCGUGGCCGCAGCUGCAGCCACCCCGUCGCCCAGCAAGAAGAGCGAAGACCACGGCAAGACGCUCAGCCUGACCCUGUACCAGCACGAGACGAUCAACAAGACGGCCUACAUGGUUGUCGACGGCGUGGCGGGCGCCGGGGUGAGCCAGACGACGACGCCGUUCGGCACCAUCUACGUGUUCCGGGACAACCUGACGGUGCACGCCGACAGGGCGUCCGCCGUGGCCGGCGUCGCGGAGGGGAGCUCCGUGACCACCAGCCUCGACGGGCUGCUGAGCCUGUCGGCCGCCAAGAUCACGCUGGACCACCGCGGCCGCCGGGGCUCCGUGUCCGUCCUCGGCGGGACGCACAACACAAAGCCGGCUGACCACCCGGUUGUGGGCGGCACCGGAGACUUCGCGUACGCGCUGGGCUACGUCCGGACGUCGCCCGUGGACUUGAGGGGUUCCACGGUCACGUACAAGAUGGAGCUCAGCUUGUACUGGCCCCCGUAUGCCCAGUACGCUCCAACUCCGUAGUACCAUCGAGUUACUCUCCGUUAUAUACAGGCAUACAGCACGUACUUCAUGAUCACAUACUGAUACAGUGAUACUGCCAUCAGCAAGUAUAAUUAUCUUUUCAUGGGUGGUAAAAUUUCUCAGAUAUGCAAUCCUACAGAAUCAAUAAAAGCCUUUGAUAGCACCUGCAA